AUGUCAGAUAAGAUGCAAAUUGACUCCCCUCCACCUCAAGAUGGGGUUGAGGGAAUCGACGAAUCGUUAUACUCCAGACAAUUGUAUGUUCUUGGUAAGGAAGCAAUGUUGAAAAUGCAGAAUUCUUCAGUCUUGAUUAUUGGCUUAAGAGGUCUUGGUAUAGAAAUAGCCAAAAAUUUGGCUCUUGCUGGUGUCAAGUCGAUUGGCUUGUAUGACCCAGAACAAGUUGAAUUAGUUGACUUAUCCACACAAUUCUUUUUGAGUGUGGAUGACGUCAAUAGUGGCAAGACUAGAGCAGAGGUGUCAGCAAUCAAGUUGAAGGAAUUAAACCUGUACGUCCCAAUCAAUGUCAUCACCAAAUUGGAUGAUUCACUCAUAACUCUGUAUAAAUGUGUCGUUGCCACCAAUGUUUCUUUGGAAGAGCAAGUGAGAUUGAACGAAUUAACCCACUCCCAUAACAUUGGUUUCAUCUCUGCAGACAUCAGAGGGUUGUUCGGACAAGUCUUUGUUGAUUUCGGACCCAAAUUCUCUGUCAUCGACCAGACAGGUGAAGAGCCUAAGAGUGGUAUUGUCUCUGAUAUCGAGAAGGAUGGAAGUGUCACUAUGUUGGACGAUAACAGACAUGGAUUGGAAGACGGUGAUUACGUGAAGUUUAGCGAAAUUGAAGGUAUUCCAAGCUUGAACGAUGGUCAGCCACGUAAGAUCGAAGUCUUGGGACCUUUUGCAUUCAAAUUGGAUCCAUCAACCUUCACUGGAACUUACGUAAAGGGAGGGUUAUACCAACAAGUCAAGAUGCCCAAGGAAAUCUCGUUCCAAUCCUUACAACAGCAAUUGGCCGAGCCUGAAUAUGUCUUCUCUGACUUUGCUAAGUUUGACAGACCUCCUCAAUUACACUUGGGAUUCCAAGCCUUACAUGCUUUCCAAACCGCAAAUAACGGUAGAUUACCAAAACCAUACUCCGAAGAAGACGCUAACCAAUAUAUUAAGUUAGUUCAGGACUUGGCCACUCAACAACCUCAAAUAUUAGGUGAAGAGGGUGAAGUGAAUGAAAAAUUGUUGCGUGAAUUGGCUUAUCAAGCUACUGGUGAUAUUCCUGGUAUGGUUGCCCUUUUUGGUGGACUUAUCGCUCAAGAAGUAUUGAAAUGCUGUUCAUCUAAAUAUGGUCCUGUUAAGCAAUGGCUUUACUUUGAUUCUCUUGAGUCAUUACCCUCGAAUGCCGAAUUCCCAAGAUCUGUGGAAGAAAAUAGACCAAUUGGCUCCCGUUAUGACGGACAAAUUGCAGUUUUCGGUAAGAAGUACCAAGAGCGUAUCUCUAACUUGAAGGUGUUCUUGGUUGGUUCUGGUGCCAUUGGUUGUGAAAUGAUGAAAAACUGGGCAAUGAUGGGUCUUGGUUCUGGUCCACACGGAAAGAUCUUCAUUACUGAUAAUGACUCAAUUGAAAAAUCCAAUUUGAACAGACAAUUCUUAUUCAGACCAAAGGAUGUCGGUAAAAAUAAGUCAGACAUCGCCUCCGUAGCAGUUCAGACUAUGAAUCCAGAUUUGCGUGGUAAAAUAGAUUCUAGAUUGGAUAAAGUAGGACCAGAGACUGAAGAUAUCUUCGAUGAUGCCUUCUGGCAAAGUUUGGAUUUUGUUACCAAUGCUUUAGAUAACGUUGAUGCAAGAACUUAUGUUGAUAGAAGAUGUGUAUUCUUCAAGAAGGCAUUAUUGGAAUCUGGAACUUUAGGAACUAAGGGUAAUACCCAAGUUGUUAUUCCAAAUAUGACUGAGUCUUAUGCCUCAUCUCAAGAUCCACCUGAGAAAUCCAUCCCAUUAUGUACUUUGAGAUCAUUCCCCAAUAAAAUUGAUCAUACCAUCGCUUGGGCAAAGUCUUUAUUCCAGGGAUAUUUCGUCGAUUCGCCAGAAAAUGUCAACCUUUACUUGAGUCAACCAAAUUACGUAGAGCAAACUUUGAAGCAAAAUCCUGAUAUCAAGGGUACUUUGGAAAAUAUUGCUGAAUAUUUGAAUCAAAGACCAUACAGUUUUGACGAUUGUAUCAAGUGGGCUAGAAUAGAAUUCGAAAAGAAAUAUAACCACGAAAUCUUACAGUUAUUAUUCAAUUUCCCUAAGGAUGCUACGACAUCUACUGGUGCACCAUUUUGGUCUGGUCCUAAGAGAGCUCCAACUCCAUUAAUAUUUGACAGCAAUAAUGAAGAUCAUUUAGAUUUUAUUAUUGGUGGGGCUAACUUAUUGGCAAGUAUUUAUGGAUUAAAGGAAGAGCUGAAUGCUGACCCAGUUGAAUAUUAUAAAAAGGUUAUAUCUCAAACAGUGAUUGAGCCAUUUACUCCUAGAAGUGGAGUAAAAAUUCAAGCAAAUGAUAAUGACCCAGUAGAGGAUGCUACCGGUGGAUCUAUUGAUGAUGAUCAAAUCAAGAAGAUCGCUGGCUCAUUACCAGAGCCUUCAACUUUGGCAGGCUUCAGGUUGACUCCUGUCGAUUUCGAAAAGGAUGACGAUACUAACCACCAUAUCGAAUUUAUCAAUGCGGCUUCCAAUUGCAGAGCUUUAAACUAUGGUAUUGAAACUGUCGACCGUUCGAAGACUAAAUUUAUUGCAGGUAAUAUUAUUCCUGCAAUUGCUACUACAACUGCCUUGGUUACUGGAUUAGUAUGCUUGGAAUUAUAUAAAGUUGUCGAUGGAACCAAAAAGAUUGAGGAUUACAAGAAUGGGUUCAUUAACUUGGCGUUGCCAUUUUUUGGAUUUUCAGAGCCAAUUCAAUCUCCUCAAGGUAAAUACAAUGAUAAAUCUUAUGAUCAAAUUUGGGAUAGAUUCCAAUUAAAGGGUGCAGAUUUGACUUUACAAGAUUUGUUAGACUACUUUGAAAAGGAAGAGGGUUUGGAAAUUACAAUGUUAUCAUAUGGUGUGAGUUUGUUAUAUGCUUCCUUUUUCCCUCCAAAGAAGUUGAAGGAUAGAUUAGGUUUGAAAUUAACGGACUUGAUCAAAGAAGUCAGUAAGAAAGAUGUUCCAAGCCAUGUUAAGAAUUUAAUUUUUGAGGUCUGCUGUGACGAUAAAGAGGGUGAAGAUGUUGAAGUACCAUAUAUUUGCGUCACCUUGUAG